CAUACAAUAAAAAUCUGGCUUCUUGUUCACUUCUAUCGAGGUGGUUUUCGUCUUUUCUGUUACUGUAGGAUUUUCAUAGUUCUUACUUUAAUCUUCAUUCAAAAUGGCGUCCAGGCCGCGAGGCUACGGUAUGUCAGCACAAGCCGCUCGCAAGCUAGCAGAGAAGUAUGACUCCCAACAAGAGGAAGAGGCGAGGGUGUGGAUCGAGGCGGUGUUGGGUGAUAAGGUGUUCGGUGAUGCUCAGGGACCUGAAGAAGUACAACGAGUCUUAAAAGAUGGAAAGAUUCUUGCAAGGCUUGCAAUAGCACUUGGUGCAAAGAUUAAGGUUAACGAGCAGAAUAUGCCGUUUAAACAAAUGGAAAACAUUUCGAACUUCUUAAAACAUGCCGAYGACCUCGGUGUUGCAUCAAGUGAUUUGUUCCAGACUGCAGAUCUCUAUGACAACCAGAACAUGGGGGCUGUCGUUUCRUGUAUUCACGCUGUUGGUCGCAAGAGUAACUCAAAAGGACUCCCAGUGCCACAGCUUGGCCCUAAAGAAGCCGAGGCUAACCCGCGAGAAUUCACUGAAGAGCAGCUUCGUGCAAGCGAAGGGUUCAUCGGCGCUCAGGCUGGGCCUGGUAAAGACCAGGUUGCCUCUCAAGCUGGUGAUCAUUAUGGGCGUGGCCGUCAAAUUACAGAUUCCUAUAAAUAGAUAGUGAUGUCUGCAUAAUAUGAAUGCCACAUUUGGUCRUGACUGACUUUUAGCAAUAUAUUAGAUAGAGUUGUGAUGAAAUAAAUGCCAUUAGAUUGACCGAGUUUUACUGGUUAUCGAAGGAUCUUGAAUGUUUUUUAAAUCGCAUAUCACUACUGAUCGACAUGGAUGACUUAGCACGUAUAAAACAUUGUGAGAAACGAUGGACUUAAUAAAUGAUUUUUCUAUUGGUCUAGAAGAAGA